GUGGAUUUGGCGCGGUGAAAGCGGUCGCUUCUGUUUGGCGCCAUUUGCGGGAAAAAGGAACUGGUUCAGUUUUGUGUUUCACAGUAAAUUAUUUGUUAUUUUUUGUUAUUUUUGCCCCUAAAAUGAUUUUGGUUUUGUGAGGAUUUGUGUGCGGUUAUUUAUACACAGUGUUGUUCUUCGGUAACUGUAGAACGGAAGUCAUUGUUAUUGAGGGAUAGUUAGCUAGUCAGUGAAAUUACGUGUCCGGCUAGUUGGAGGGUUUAUUUUUUUGUUUUUUUGUGUUAGUUAUUAGGCACCGUUUUACUAAUAUUUACACGUGUUAACUUCACCUGCACUUCUGGAGACGUUGACAAUGCAUUCUACUGGUUUGGCUGUAGGGAGAAACACAGAUCUGUAAUUUGGAGACAUGGCUGGACUGGUCGCUAUGGCAGCUGUUAUUGAGGAUUUUGAGGUUACUCAGCCAUGCAAGAAGUUGAGAAAAGACGAAGAACCGCUGUCGCCGCCACCACCAGCAGCAACAAAGACCAUCACAAAUUACUUCUUGCCUUUACCCAAGCCUGUGGAUAAACCUUUCUCUCCACCUCGAUCAAACAGCUUCAUAGACUACUUUCGGAAAACGCCACCCGCUCAGGAAAAAACUACCUCUUCACAAAAGGCAAGUCCGCUCCAAACCAAAGAGCUUCAGUCACCUAGCUUUGAGGAGGCCUGUCCUAAGGCGAGUAAAGUGCAGAGGCAAAAACGAACCAGAAAACCCAAGGAAAAACUAAAGUUACAAGAGGAGGAGGAACAGGAUGUGCUCUCGAAAAACUGUAUAUUAGAAAACAAUCCAGAUGAGUCAACAAUGAAGAAAGAAGGCUGCCUGCCUUCGUUUGGCAGCGAUACCUCACCCCGACUCUCCCCAAUAAACACCGAAAUCUGUUUAGAUGAAGAACCGCUAGACAGCAGGAAUGCAGCGGACGUCAGUGCAGAUGACAGAAAAGCAAAGGAUGGGUUGCAAAAUCCUAAAAGUAAGAAUUUAGCUACCCACAACCAGGGUGAAGAUUUAAAUGAAGAUAACGCAUCGCCUCAAGAAGACAUGAGUAGAGUUAAAAAGUGUGCGAUGAGGAGAAACAGAAAAGCUCAAGUCAGCCGGAGUGAAUUGAGUACCACUGAGCACGAGCAGUCUCUGCAUGAUGCGAGCAUGGAGGUCAAUGUGGAUGAAACUUCAGUGUUGAACUGCAGCACUGUCACUGUGUCCUUCAAAGAUUUUUUACAGAGCCAGAUUCAAAGCGAAGACGAGGUUGCUGCCGAUUCUAAAUCGGACACCUGUGCUGCUGAAAGCUCUGACGUGAAGUCGUGCAUGGAUGUAAUUGAUUCGGUAGCUGCUGUAUCACCAAGAACUCUUAUGGUUCAAGCUGAAGUGCAUCCCAUCUCCCCUGAUUAUGAGGCAGUCAAGGGUCCUCAGUUAAAAAUGGCUUCGAUAUUUACUAGGAAUAAAAAAGAGAGCCAGGUAAAGGAUAGCAAAAAGUCGUCCUCUGAUAACCCACAAAUGAACACCAGCAUUCUGCCUGACCUUAAGAGAAAAUCUAAUGUUGUUCUUCAAGAAGAAGACUUGGAGCUUGCUGUGCUUGAAUACAACUCCACUUCUAAAUGCACACAAGAAGAAAGAAAACAGUUUAUGAAUGCAUUUAAGCAGCCUAGUCAGGAUGGAUCUAAAGUUAAAACCAGCAAGGUCCUGAGCAAAUUGAAGCCAGCUGAAGAAAGUGCCUCUGAGACAGCAGAACCUGAAAAGAAAGAGGAUGAGAGCAGUCCUGACCUGACCACACCAGAACAGUGUACAGAACAAAAAAAACCUGACUGUGUUGGAAAGAAGAGAGGUAGAAAAAAAUCGGUGAAGAAAGGGCAGACGGACCAAUCUGAAGAAGUACCAGUUACUCCGAACCAAGACGAACUUCUAGCAUUGACAGAGAUAGAAAACAAGAGUGAUUCUGUCGAGGGCAGUAGCAAGCAAUGUGUCAAGGAGCUUCGAAGGUCUACAAGAGAUCAGACACGGAGACAGGCAGCACCUACACCUGAAAGAAAUCCAUUCCCUCGCAAGACCAGAAGCCACAAGAAGGACGAAACAUCUGCAGCAUGCCAAGAUGAUGUAACUCAAGCAUCCACUCCAAAGUCUACCAGGCACAAAAAGAAUGUUUACAUGGCCGAGAUGCUCUCUCCAUCCAACAAACAUGGGAGCCCUAUCAGAAUAAGAUUCACUCGGGUGUUUCCUUCUUCCGCCACCAAAACUGGAGAUUUUGAAAUAUUAAGCCCUCAGGAUUCAAAUUCACUGAAGAAAAGGAAAAAGGCUAAAAAGUUGGUACAGAAAGCCAAAGCCCUUAAGAACAGUAAACAGACUGCUGCAGGGGAGAAGCCUGCUGUGCGUCGCUCUACCAGGAGCAAGGAAUCAAACCAAAUCAGUUACUGUGAGGAUGAGGAUUCUGUUGUGUUCUUGGACGAUUGCAACACUGCACCUGCGACUUCAGAAAAUAUCAACAAUCAGAAAAAGCUUCGCAGUCUAAACGAUGUUUUAGGCAAAAAUAUACCUUCAAGUAAAGCACAGAAGAAUUCUCCAGCUUUUAAACUUGCCCCCAUGUCCAUGGAAAGAAAAUCUCAGAGACCAUCAGCGAUUAUUUCUAUACUUGAUGACAGCAGCCGUGAGGGUUCAGAGAACUCGCAAGAUGACGAGCAGUUCCGGGCAAAGAAGGAGUUUCUGAAAAGUGGCCUGCCUGAAUCUUUUAAAAAGCAGAUCGCGAAGGUGACGGCGAACAGAGAGGCGUAUACUCAGGCCUGUACUUCAUUCCAGUCUGUGGUUCAUGUGCAACAGAGACCCACGGAUUGCUCUUUGUGGACUCUUCUCUGGCCUGAAAAUCCUUUCUUGACAUGCCUGAAGGAGUUUUAUCAUUUACCAUCCACCCCAAUUGCAUCAUUGGAGGACCGUGCAGGAAACUUCACUGUUCCUGCUCAGAGAACCUGCACAGAAGUGGGAGGCUGUGUGUUUGUCUCUGGGAGGCGAAAAAGUUUUACAGAACCUGUUCAAGAGCGAUUGUUAGAAGAAAUUACUGCAUCCAAUCCUUCUUUCCCCGUCCAGAGAUUUUUUUCUCGAUUCCAAAAGAGAUACAAAGAAUAUUUACAGGGUGCUGUUGCAGAACCUGAGUGUGGGUCUAAAACAGCUCCCCCUGUGAACUCAACUGAGACUAUCGGUGGAAAGCGUAAACGUGUCGAUGAGGGAGGGCGAGCAGGCAAACUAGCCAAGAAACAAAAGUCUGAUCAUAAGGAGGAAGAGGCCAUUGUUGUUUUGGACAGCCCAGAUUCUGCAAGUGGGGGAACACCAGAAGCCACUGAAUCGGUGACUCGCAGCUCAGGCCGAAGAAGGCGAUCACUGAGAAAUAAACAGGGGACUGAUGAGGAGCCCAAACCCACAGAGGACAAGAAGCAGUGUGAUCCUAUUAUUGUAAUACUCGAUUCUCCAUCUUCAGAAACAUGUGCCCAAGAUUGUGUUAUUGAGGAUGUGCCCUGGACUGAGAAGUACCAGCCACAGCAUUCUGGUGACAUCAUCGGAAACACAGCUUCUGUUAGAAAGUUGCACAGUUGGUUGAAGGAAUGGAAACUCCGGGCUGAUCGUGAAGAGAGAAGAAAGCAGGAGAAGAAAAAGCAAGAGGAUGAUGGUAAUGACUCCUGGUUAGAAGGGGACAGUAGCGAAGGGCUAGAGGAUGCAGAGGACAUGCUUUGUAACACCCUGCUCAUCACAGGCCCCACUGGAGUAGGCAAAACUGCAGCUGUAUAUGCCUGUGCACAGGAGCUUGGCUUUAAGGUGUUUGAGGUAAAUUGUUCCUCUCAGCGUAGUGGCCGUCAGAUCUUGUCACAGUUGAAGGAGGCCACCCAGUCUCAUCAAGUAGACAUCCAAGGGGUCAAUGCUCAUAAGCCCACUUACUUCAACAAUUACAACAGCAGUAGUCUUUUAACAAAACCUUCACCUCGGAAGGUGAACUCUCCUAGACAAGUUGUGUCAUCACCCAGGAAACCACCACAAUCCCCUCGAAGUUCUACAGCAAGGAAAGGAAACUUGACACCAAAAUCGUUGGCUAGUUUCUUUAAAAUGGGUGGAAGGUCUACAGGCAAAGAUGACAUUAAUCAGGACAAAAAGGCUCAAACAAGCUGUUCCAAGACAUCUAAAGUCACUCAGAUUGAAAGUAAGAGACAAGAAAAAAAAGCUUCCUCCGAAGAGCAAAACAAGAGAACGGCUACCUCCCUCAUCUUGUUCGAAGAGGUCGAUGUCAUAUUUGAUGAUGAUUCUGGAUUCCUGGCUGCAGUUAAAACCUUUAUGGCAACCACUAAAAGACCCGUUAUCCUAACUACCAGCGAUCCUACAUUCGUUUCAAUGUUUGAUGGCUACUUUGAUGAAAUCCACUUUAAGGUUCCUUCUUUGGUUAAUGUGGCAAGUUACCUGCAGCUGCUGUGUCUUGUGGAAAAUGUGAGGACGGACAUGCAGGACUUGUCAUGUUUGCUGCAUUGGAACAGAUGUGACAUCCGGCAAAGCCUCCUGCACCUGCAGUUCUGGACCUGCAGUGGGGGAGGACGCCAGGUGACGCGUCCCAUCUUACAGUCAGGAGGAUCUGAGUGUCAGGUCAAGACAGAGGCUGCUAAAGUGGAAAAUGUUGCGGCUGGUGGUGCGCUGCCUCUAGCCAAUGUACCACCCUGUCAUGUUGGAUGCACAGAGUCUUUUUUGGGACUUUUAAACACUCGUCAAGAAAAAGGAAUAGAAGAUUUGUUAAUGGGAGAACCUUCGGCUAUGGAUGUGAGAUGCUUAGAUCUUCUCUCAGAAGCUGAAAGAAGAGGUGUAAAUUUGCUUUAUUCAAACAUGGAGGUGCUGAUUCGUCUGCCCACACGUCCACUGCCAGACCUCAUUAACAGACAGCGAUUGCCAUCAAACACAGAAGCACAGCCUGUGCUCUUGUCUAAACACAGCAACGUAGUAAAGCAGGAAGAACAUUCAGAUGAUACGAGCCCUCUCAAAGUGUCCUGUAGAAUGAGGCGAAAAAAGCAGCUGUAUAUUGACAAUAAACAUGCUCUUCAUUCAGACUCUGAUUCAGAGGAUGGCUUUCUGUCUUUGCCUAAGCUCAGCUCUGACACAAAACCAGCACAGGAUGAGUCAGCUCAAGAUCCACCAGCAAACAAACCUAUGAGAAUGAGAGUUGAGUUAUCUGAAGCUGAAAGGAAAAAGAGUCAAUGUGUAUCACAGUGCCUGAGCUUUUUAGCUGAAUACUUGGACCAUAUGUCAUUUGUGGACUCAUCGCUACACUACAAGCUUCCCCAAGCAGAGGGAGCGUGCAGACCACAAGAUUUCACUGGUGCAGGAGCAGAGGUCAAGUGUGGAAUGACUGAUGAUGUUCGUCUGGAAUGGGAUGGUCAUAUAAAUGAGUUUAACGCUAAAGAAAUCCAAAUAGUGUUAGGGAGUAUGAGUUUUCAUAAAUGUAAGGCUGGGAUCUCUGAAGUCUGGAAUAAAGUCCAGGAGUUGGAGGAGCCGCUUAAGACCGAGACUGUGGAAGAUCUUACACUUCAUGUAGCUUCACAUAGGCAGAGAUUCGACCUAUCUCACAGCAAACUACUUGAACCCAGGGUGAUGGACACCAGGAGGGAGGUGAUGAACGAUUUUCUCACUAGCCGAUCGUUUAGCACUCAGGGAAACCGAGUGGCAGCAGCUGUGGACUACCUGCCCUCUCUGCGUGCUAUUUGUAGAUCAGAAAAACUGAGGGAGCAGGGCAAGGUCAAACGCAGGUUCAUGCACUACCUUGAAGGCAUUCACCUUGAUCUACCUAAAAGCACUCUUCAGGAGCUCGCCUCAGAUUUUCCCUGAAUCAUUUGAUCACACUGUGCUGAGGCAGCCUGUUCAUGGCAGCUGGUUUAUAUGCAUUUGUACAGUAAUCUAUAAUAUAAUCCAAUAUAGCAUGUGUGGUUUUGUGUGGGUGGAUUAUCUUUUUGAUAUUCUUGGUUUUUAUAUAUAAAUAUCUGACUCUGUGUGGAAGGUCUAAUGAUUUGUAUUUUUAUCAUAUUUUUUAUAAAGUAAUAAAUUUGUAAUUAAAAUUUGUCAGAAAACGUUUCCACCACAAAAAUGUAUAUAACACUGCAAACUUUUUUAGAGACCUGUAAUGGCUACCCUGGUAGUUCAGUGCCUUCUUCACUAACUUUAAUGUUUUAUAUGGCACUAAAAUUCAAAAUCACUGUUUUUGUUUUUUGCUGUACAAUUAAACAUCACUUGAUUAGUAUUAAUAUUUACAAGUGCAACUUUAUUUAAUCUCUCAAUUGAGUGAAACAAUAAAUGAGCAUAUUUUUACAGCCAAACCUGCAUCUUCAUACCCUUUUGUAGAUAUUUCUGUUUGACUGAACUACCGUGGAUUCCUCUCACACAAGUGAGUUUUAUCAGUCUUGACUAAGGAUAAGUGUCUCGGGAGGAAAUGUCUUCUGUAUUUGCAUGUCUUUAUUUCAUUUUCCUAAGGGGUCGAUUGUAAUAAAAAUUACAUUCAUG